AUGGCUUUUCCUGGUGGUAACAUAAACAUUUUGCCUUUUGGCAACGAGAUUAAUCCUCUAUAUGCUGGAAUAGCAGCCUCUGUCUUAGGUGGCCUUUGCAUCUCCGGCUUGGUUGCCUCUCGAGGCACCGGGCAAAACAAUGAUUCCCCUAGCGUUAUCACCUCGUUUUUCCUCUUUUUCUACUCUUGCUUCAUCAAACCCCACCAGGGCGAUUCCAAGGCUUCCCAGCAGGACGCUCUAGAGAGCUUCUACAAGAAGCAAGCCGGGGUCUAUGAUGCCACACGCAAGGUCCUUCUUCGCGGUCGUGAAGACAUGCUGGCCCUUGUUGCUGCCCAGCUUGAGGCGAAAGCCGAGACAGCUGCUGGCGGCAACAAGACCAAGCGUAUUUGGGUUGAUGUCGGAGGCGGCACUGGCUGGAAUAUUGAAGCCAUGUCGCAGUUUGUCGAUGUCCCCAACUUCUUCUCCAGCGUCUACCUCGUUGAUUUCUCUCCCUCUCUCUGUGAAGUAGCAACGAAGCGUUUUGAGAGACUUGGUUGGAAGAAUGUUCGAGUUGUCUGCCAAGACGCUCGCAAGUUCCGCCUAGAAGAUUACGAGACUGACUUGCCUGAGCGCCAAAUCGCCCCAAGAUCCCCUGCGCUCAGCUACCUCACCCAGCAACGCCAGGACAAUGGUGGCGCUGAUUUGGUCACUUUCUCAUACAGCUUGUCCAUGAUUCCGGAUUACUAUUCUGUGGUCGACUCUGUAAACUCGCUAUUGGCUCCUCAUGGCAUCCUUGGAGUGGUUGACUUCUACGUCCAAAACCAGAUCGACUACUCUUUCCGCAACUACACUGGUGGCCUUGUGGAUCGUCAUGUUAAUAUGCUAUCUCGAAACUUCUGGCGCGCCUGGUUCGACAUUGACCGCGUUGGUCUUGAGCCUGGCCGCCGUGAUUACCUCGAAUACAAAUUUGGUACCGUCCUCAACUUCAACUUCAGAAACCGCACUCUCGGCUACAUUCCAUACUAUGUCUGGGUUGGAUGCCAAAAGAAGCCGUUUUCGGCAUCAAGCCUGCCUCAUGAAAUUAUUGAGCGCAUUGAUGCGUUGGCCACGGAAUCGCCCUACCUGUACCCGGCCAACCAGGGAGAUGCUCUGACCCGUGCGAUUGAGAGAUCUGCACCAGAAAUUCGUUCCAAGGCUUUCAUCACUGCGGUCGAGAAUCUGUCUGCCAACUUGCCUCUUCCCUCGUUUUUUUAUCAAAGCCACCACUGGCGCAUCUACUAUGAUGACAGGCUGCAGAAGCACACCCAGUUCAAUGACGAGUACAUCUAUGCGUUUACCUGGGAGGAUGCCCGUGUUGACGAGCGCCUGCUGAAGCUUGGCCCUGAUGACAAGGUUCUUGCUAUCACUUCCGCUGGAGACAACAUCAUUUCCUAUCUUGCCCAGAGCCCUGCUCGUGUCCACGCUGUUGACCUCAACCCUACUCAAAAUCACCUUUUGGAGCUCAAGGCUGCUGCUUACACGGCUCUGCCAUAUGAGGAUUUCUGGAAGAUCUUUGGUGAAGGAAAGCAUUCUGAAUUCCGUGAACUGCUCAUUUCCAAAUUGUCUCCUCAUCUCUCCGGCCGCGCAUUUCAAUACUGGCUCAAGAACGUCCAUGUCUUCCAGAACAACAAGGGAUAUGGUCUCUACGACACUGGUGGCUCUCGUCACGCCAUUCGUGCUUUCCGCUGGAUCUCCCGUGUCUUUGGAUUGAAAACUGCUGUCAAGAAGCUGCUUGAGUCUCGCACCUUGAACGAGCAACGAGAAAUGUGGCGCAACAAGAUCCGACCCGCUCUGCUCUCUAAGCUCAUCUGCAACUUGGUCGUUUCGCAAGAAAGUUUCCUUUGGGCCGCUCUCGGUGUUCCCAAGAACCAGCUCGCGAUGAUUGAGAAGGAUCAUGCCGAGUCUGAUAUUGUGAAGCAGGGCAAGGCAAAGAAUACUCGCUCCCACGCUAUCUGGCACUACAUGGUCAACACACUGGAUCCCGUUGCCGAAGAAACUCACAUUGGCACUGACAACCCCUACUACUAUGUCUGCAUGGACGGCAAGUUUUCGCGCAAGUGCCAUCCCGAGUAUCUCCGCCCUGAGGUCCAUGCCAAGCUGUCGCGCCCCGGUGCUUUGGACGGUCUCCGUAUUCACACUGAUGAGCUCGAAGAGGUCAUUGCUCGCAUUACCCCUGGGACUCUCACUGUCGCCGUCAUCAUGGACAGCAUGGACUGGUUUGAUACCGGCUCUCAAGCGGCGGCUGCUCAGAUUAGCAAGCUCAACAGAGCGCUCAAGAUGGGCGGCCGUGUUCUCCUUCGUACAUCUGCUUUGAGCCCAUGGUACAUCAAGGUCUUUGAAGCCCAUGGAUUCACUGCCCAGUGCCACGGAUCCAGAGUGGAUGGCGCAUGCAUUGAUCGCGUAAACAUGUAUGCCAGCUGCUGGAUCUGCACCAAGACUGAGAACCUGCCCCCGCCUACUCCUGAGUUUGAUCGAAUUGGAGGAGGCGAUAUUACAAGCUUGACCAUUUAA